AUGUCGAUUUACAACGAGGCCCUCGCCCGGCGCUGCCGGCAAGGCGCGCCCCUGGCAGGCUGUUCUUUAGACAGGACGGCCUUGCGGUCCUUUGCCGCGGCCGUGGAAGGGGACAAGGUCGAGGCGCUGAUCUGCGUGUCCUGCGCCUGCAUCUACAGCCGCGUGGCCGAGCUUGAGGAGCAGAAUGAAAUUCAAUGGCGCCGGAUUCUAAGCCGCUGCGGCGGGGAGGAGGAGGGCGAGUGGCGGCUCUUCGGCCAGCCAGCGCCUCGCGUGGUCGAGAUCCUCGGCCUGAACGCCUUUCUCGACAAGUACGACAAGCUACACUCAGAAAGAGCUGCGAGGAUGUCGACCAAGGAAAGCUUUGAGAACUGGAAGUUGAAGUUGCCCGGCCCCGGCGGCGCAGAAAUCCUAUGCUGCCCGGAAGACCGCCGCUGCGGCGCGGAUCCGACCCACGUCGGCGCCGCGGGCGUCCUGUGCGAGGAGUGCGAGACGCCGGUGUGUCGGGCCUGCUUCGAGAGCCUCAAGAAGAAGAAGAUGCCGCCUGUGAGCCUUGCCAAUGAUAUGUGGGUCGGCUACUUUUUUGAGAGAAUCUUCGAAGAAAAGAUGACCGUGCUGGAGCUGAUCUGCGCCUCUCCGUGUGUGACCACCAUGGUCUGCAUGUCCAUGGAGGCUCGUCACAGGCACGCCUCGGCGCCCUUCGACGAGACGGCCCACAUGGCCAGACACCGCUACGGCUUCCGCGGCAAUCCGCUCACUUUUCCACUGCCUUGGGAAGACUUGAUGCGCGAGCUCCAGAGCGUGGGAGAAGAGGCGGCGGCAUUGCCGCGAGCUGGAGUGCAGCUGAGUGAGGUGGUCCGCGUGCUCUUGAAGACCAACCAACACGGCCAAACCUCAGAGGCGGAAAUUAAGACCUUGAUCCACCAGGCCAACGUCAGAAGAGAGGUAGCGGUCAACCUCAUCCUGGACAUGAAGCGCCUGGGCCACCCGUCUUUCAUUGGAGCCGAUGAGGACGCCGUCCGGGCCCGGGCGGCGGUCUUGCCUGAGGACGGGGUGCUGCCAGAAGUCUUACGCGUGGUCACUCUGCUGGAUGGCUCGGAGAAGAUCAACGACAAGCUGCUGCCGCAGAAGGCGGCGACCCCAGUGGAUGGCCGCAGUGACGCGGUUGAGGCGGGAAGAAUCUUCGCCGCCCAGCGGCCGCGGGGGGUCGUGGCAGAAGGCGAGCAAGCGCUGGAUCUCAACCAGACGCAGAUCGCCGCGAUGCGGCGGCUACAAGACGAGCUGACUUCGGACGCAGAGAAAGCGCUGCGGUCCUUGGAGGUGAGAACGGGCAACCAGUUGGUGGACCAAUUUCAGCCUCUUUAUUUCGCGGUGGCGUUCUGCUUCUGCUUGAAGUUCGGGACAGCCCGCCCCGACGUGAAGAAUGAGGUGAAGGGGGAGGCUCGCGACAGUCGACGGGCGCCUGGGGCUCCGCAGGCGGGGUCUUGA